CUUUAGGCAUUGGAUCCACUGGUGGGUGCAUCUAGUCCGGAGCAGUUGAAGUCGAGUGUCCAGAAGGGAGAGUAGAGAAAUCAGGAUGAAGUUCGCCAUCGCAUUGCUGGCCCUUGUGGGCGUGGUCGCUGCGAGCAGCUUGCACCAGAAGUACGAGGUCAAGAUCGCUGACAAGGCCUUCCUCGAGAAACAGAAGUUCCUGUUCGAGAUCGUCUACCGCGUGGAGGAUCCGCUGGCCUUCGAGGAGUACAUCAAGAAGGGCGAGAAGUUCUACUUCGAGGAGUCGCACUACACGCACUUCGACCUGUACAUGAAAAAGUUCUUCGAGGCCUACAAGGCACAUGCUCUGCUGCCCAAGGGCGAGUUCUUCGGCGCUUUGGUGAAGCACCAUGCCAAGCAGGCCCGCGGUCUGUUCAACUUCUUCUACUACGCCAAGGACUGGGAGACAUUCGCGACCAACGUGGCCUUUGCCCGCAUGCACUUCAACGAGGGCAUGUUCGUCUACGCCCUGACCCUGGCCGUCAUCCAUCGCGACGAUUUCCAUGGACUGAUGCUGCCCGCCGUGCACGAGAUCUUCCCGCAGUUCUUCUUCAACAGCAAGUUCGUGUUCGAGGCCGAGAAGUUCGACUACGAGAUGUGGAUGAAGACGAGUCUGUACGAGAAGGAGUACCUGGAUGUGUACCACAAGACGGGCAGUCACGGCUUCGGAAACAUGUACCAGUCCUCGGACUACACGUACAUCAAGGACUUCAAGACGUGGCAGUGGUGGAAGCUGAUGGGUCUGGGCGAGCACUUCUACAGCGAGGACAAGUACAUUCUGCGCGAGAACAUCUACGAGUUCAACCAGGAGGGCAAGUGGCUGGCGAUGAUGAAGGACGUGAAAAAGUUCUACAUGCCGGUGGACUACUCCCGCGACCUGCACCACUACAACGAGGAGUCGCAGCUGUCCUACUUCACCGAGGACCUGGGAUGGAACGCCUACUGGUACUACCUGAACAUGGACUACUCCUUCUUCCUGGACGGCAGCACGUUCGGCCUGAAGAACGACCGUCGCGGCGAGUGGUGGCUGUACAAUGUGCACCAGCUGCUCAGCAGGUACUACAUGGAGCGUCUGUCGCACGGACUUGGCGAGAUCCCGCAGUUCUCGUGGUACCACCAGAUCGAGAUGGGCUACGAUCCCCAGAUGGUCUACUACAACGGCAUUGGGUUCAGUGCCCGCAAGAACUACUACGAGAUGGAGACGUACGGCAACUUCGAGAUGCUGGACAAGAUCACCGGCUUCCUGGGUCGCAUCCGAAACAUCAUCGCAAUGGGAUACUACAAGACGGCCGAUGGCCAGACGAUCGAUCUGCGCAAACCCGAGUCCAUCGAGUUCAUUGGCAACCUGAUGCAGGGCAACAUCGACACCCUGGACAACAUGUUCUUCCAGUUCUGGUACAUGCUCGCCCACAUGUACUUCGCCGACACCGACUACCAGCAGAUGGAGGUCUACCCCAAUGUGAUGCUCAACUUCGAGACAAUGAUGAGGGACCCCAUGUUCUACAUGUUCUACAAGUCGAUUGCCGAGGUCUACUUCCAGUUCAUGCACCACCUGCCCAAGUACACCAAGGAGCAGCUGCUGCUGCCGGGCGUUACAUUGAAGCAUGUGGAGAUCAGCGAGCUGACCACUUACUUCGAUCUGGUUGACUUUGAUGUGAGCAACAUGCUGAACGACAAGAUGGUCUUCCACGAGGGUCAGUUCGUGUGGGACAAGUCCCUGUUCGCCCGUCAGAUGCGUCUGAACCACAAGCCCUUCAGCUACACCUACACCAUUGAGUCCGACAAGGUCGAGAAGGUGGUGAUUCGCGCCUUCUUGGGCCCCAAAUACGAUGAGUUCGGCAGGACGAUCUCGCUGGCCGACAAUCGCAUGAACUUCAUGGAGAUCGAUGAGUUCUACUACGAGCUGAAGGCCGGCAGCAACCUGAUCAGCCGUCAGUCGAACGAGUUCACCUGGACCGUGAAGGACCGCACCACCUACACCGAACUGUAUCGCUACGUGAUGAUGGCCUACGAUGGCAAGUACGACUUCCCGCUGGACAUCAGUGAGCCCCACUGCGGCUUCCCCGAUCGCCUUGUUCUGCCCAAGGGCUGGAAGAGCGGCCUCCACAUGCAGAUGUUCUUCAUGGUCCUGCCCUACGCGGCCCCGUCCCACGAGCAGUUCGCCACCUUUGACCAGACGCACUCGUGCGGCAUUGGAUCCGGUGCCCGCUACCUGGACGCCAUGCCCUUCGGCUAUCCCUUCGACCGCGAGGUCGACGAGUACGAGUUCUUCGUGCCCAACAUGUACUUCAAGGAUGUGACCAUCUAUCACACCGACUCCAUGGACAAGUACGAGCAGUACAAGGGCUACUCCGACUACGGCCACUUCGACUACGCCUUCUUCAACGACUACUACACCAAGUACUUCAAGUUGUGAGUACUCGUACUCCAUGCUCCAUUCUCAACCAACCAUUGAGCACAUGAGCUCGGGUAAAUAGUUUGUAAGCAGAGCAAAAAGUGAAAUAAACUUUCAAAAAAAAAACAAA